CGUAAUUACCAUUUUCUCCUUCUCUCUCUCCCUCCCCCCUUUUUCCUCUGCCUGUCUCUCUGGCUCUUCGCUGUUUUCUGUUUCUCUGCUUGCUCUUGUCUAACAGUCUUCUUCUGCAUUGUUCUCUUGCAACUCAUAGCCAUGAAGACUUUUCUGGGACAGGCUCUCAUCCCAUUUCGCUGUGCUUUAUAGGGUCAUAAUCUUUAUAUAUAGAGAGAGGGGACGUGGUUAUCUUCUUUUUUUCUUGGCGUAAAAAACGGGCAGAAUUUUCAGGAUGUUGCAGGAUGUCAUCCACGCUCCACCGCCACCUCCACCUCCACCCCAGGCGGAGCAGCAACUCACCAAUAUUGAUGAAAUCUCAAGCCCAAUCAGUGCUCGAAUUUUCGAGCUUUGCGACCCUGAAUUGUUCCCUGAGACCCUCCAGAAUUCUGAGGUUACCUCCAGCUCAAACUGUUGCUAUGAAGAGAAUUCCUCCUAUGCCCCGAACAUAUCUCUAGCUUCAGAUGUGGACAAUAAGUUCAACAAUAGCAAUACAAUCACCAACCCAACCAGCACAAAUCCAACCAGCAGCGGUGCGGCUGCCGCCACCGCCGCCGCCGACAACAAUAAUACAGCCAACAAUAGCAAUCUGUCCAUUGUCUUUGACUCCCAGGAUGAAAUUGACAAUGACAUUUCAGCCUCCAUAGACUUCUCAUCAUCUCCUGCUGCUUUCCCUGUCCCUCCAUUUCUGCCACUCACAACUCAACAGGACCAGCAAUUUGAUUUCUCUUCACUGCAGCCUCAGGUCACACUCGCAGCCAGUUCAGUUGUGGAAGGCCUUGCACACUACGCCACUGACUCUGCUGUUGCACCUCUUAUGGGGGCUUCAUUAGCUUCUGUUUUUGAAGAGGAUUGCUUAUCUUCUGUCCCUUCUUAUGUGCCUUUGAACCCUUCAUCUCCUUCUUGCUCUUAUCUCAACCCCGGUAUAGGACCUUACAUGCCUCUUGGUCCCCUUAAUACUGCCUUAUCUGCUGAUAGUUCGGGGAUAUUUGGUGGGAGCAUUCUCCUAGGCUCUGAACUUCAGGCACAGGAACUGGAUUACCAGGGAGAAAAUGGUACAAUUUAUUGUCCAGAUUCAAUUCAAAGGGUUUUCAAUCCUCCAGACCUCCAGGCACUUAGUGCUGAGAAUCAGCAACUUGUAGCUGGGGCUGGGAGUUCCACCACUUUGACACCAGAAAUAUCAAACUUGGAGGAUUCUACCUUCAAGGUCGGAAAACUUUCUGUUGAGCAAAGGAAAGAAAAGAUUCAUAGAUACAUGAAGAAAAGGAAUGAGAGAAACUUCAGCAAGAAAAUCAAGUAUGCUUGUCGCAAAACUCUAGCAGAUAGCAGGCCUCGGGUCAGAGGAAGGUUUGCAAAGAAUGAUGAUUUUGGAGAUAAUCACAGACCCGCUUGUAGCAAUCACGAAGAAGAUGAUGAAGACGACGUGGUUGUGAAGGAAGAAGAUGAUAUGGUUGAUUCCUCAGAUAUUUUUGCUCAUAUCAGUGGAGUGAACUCCUUCAAAUGCAACUAUUCCAUCCAGUCCUGGAUUUGACUCAACAACACAGUCUGAUCACACUACACACAUAGAGAUUUAGUUUAGAAAAUUUGCAGGGCCCUGUUCCAUCCAUCCUGGUUUGAUGGUUUAAGGAAAGUAAAUAAUUGGGGUCGUCGUAUUAAUCCCAAUAAGAGUCAGGAGAUAUAUAUAUAUGUUAUAUUAUAUAUACUCACACCCACAAAUCUAUAUCUAUAUAGAAACGACGAAAGAAAAUUAAUGUAUACAUUUUUGCACAUAUUACAUUCAAGUCAUUACUUGCACCUACAGAAGUGUCCCAAGUUUUUAUACAUGAACGCAAGGCAAAAAUCUUGGAGCUCAUUGAUGCAUUGUUUUUAUAUAUGAUGAUGUUUAAGAACUAGCCUUGAAGAUGAAGUGAUUUUCAUCACAGGCUUGAAAUAUGUUUCUUUGAACUGUUACAAGGCAUUUGAAAGAGAAGAUAAGUUGCAUGA